AUGAAAGACCUGGACGCCAUCAAGCUGUUCGUGGGCCAGAUCCCGCGCAACCUGGACGAGAAGGACCUCAAGCCGCUCUUCGAGCAGUUCGGCCGCAUUUACGAGCUCACGGUGCUCAAAGACCCGUACACGGGCAUGCACAAAGGCUGUGCCUUCCUCACCUACUGUGCCAGGGACUCCGCCAUCAAGGCCCAGACGGCCCUGCACGAGCAGAAGACGCUGCCCGGGAUGGCGCGGCCGAUCCAGGUGAAGCCUGCAGACAGCGAAAGUCGCGGAGGUAGUUGUCAUCUCUCCGAGGCCACCAGGAACCUCAGUCAGCCCAAGGCUGGGGACCGGAAGCUGUUUGUGGGCAUGUUGAACAAGCAGCAGUCGGAGGAGGAUGUGCUGAGGCUCUUCCAGCCCUUUGGGGUCAUCGACGAGUGCACUGUGCUCCGGGGGCCAGACGGCAGCAGCAAAGGUUGUGCCUUCGUGAAGUUCUCCUCUCACACCGAGGCGCAGGCGGCCAUUCACGCCCUGCACGGCAGCCAGACCAUGCCGGGCGCCUCCUCCAGCCUGGUGGUCAAGUUCGCAGACACAGACAAGGAGCGGACGCUGCGGCGCAUGCAGCAGAUGGUGGGCCAGCUGGGCAUCUUGACGCCCUCCCUCACCCUGCCCUUCAGCCCCUACAGUGCCUACGCCCAGGCUCUCAUGCAGCAGCAGACGACAGUCCUGUCCACCUCCGGCAGCUACCUGAGCCCCGGCGUGGCGUUCUCACCUUGCCACAUCCAGCAGAUCGGAGCCGUCAGCCUGAACGGGCUGCCCGCCACGCCCAUCGCCCCCACUUCCGGUCUGCACUCGCCCCCGCUGCUCGGCACUGCUGCCAUGCCUGGCCUUGUGGCACCUAUCACCAACGGCUUUGCAGGUGUCGUGCCCUUUCCCGGGGCGCACCCGGCACUGGAGACUGUGUAUGCCAAUGGCCUCGUGCCCUACCCAGCUCAGAGCCCCACGGUGGCCGAGACCCUCCACCCUGCCUUCUCUGGAGUCCAGCAGUACACAGCCCCCUCCAUGUACCCCACUGCGGCCAUCACGCCCAUCGCGCACAGCGUGCCCCAGCCACCGCCCCUCCUGCAGCAGCAGCAGCGAGAAGGUCCCGAAGGCUGUAACCUGUUUAUCUACCACCUCCCCCAGGAGUUUGGAGACACGGAGCUGACCCAGAUGUUCCUGCCUUUCGGCUUCGUGAGCUUUGACAACCCGGCCAGCGCGCAGACCGCCAUCCAGGCCAUGAAUGGCUUUCAGAUCGGCAUGAAGAGACUCAAGGUGCAGCUGAAGAGGCCCAAAGACCCAGGACACCCCUACUGA